AUGAGUGCGCGAAACGCUUCCCAUGCUGGCUCAUGGUACUCGGCUACCGGUAGGGAGCUUGACAGGCAAUUGGAAGGAUGGCUGAACAAGGCCGGACAGGAGGCGUCAACAGGACAGGACCCUUUCCCUAUCCCCGGACUCCGAGCCAUCAUUGCGCCACAUGCGGGAUACUCAUAUAGUGGACCUGCCGCAGGAUUCGCAUACAAGACCAUUCAGCCCGAACUCUUCAAACGCGUCUUUAUCCUCGGACCAUCCCAUCAUGUCUAUCUAAGAGGAUGUGCUCUCACGAAAUGUGUCCGUUACGAAACUCCCCUCGGCGACUUGGCCAUCGACCAAACUGUGAACAAGGAACUGCAAAAGACAGGUGAAUUCGAGAUAAUGUCGCGAGACACGGACGAGGACGAACACAGCAUCGAGAUGCACCUGCCAUAUGUCUACAAGGUCUUUGAGGACCACAUUGAUGAGAUCAGGAUUGUACCCAUCCUGGUCGGUGCACUCAACAAGGCCUCGGAACAGAGCUACGGAAAGAUCUUGGCGCCUUAUCUGGACGAUCCGCAGAACCUCUUUAUUGUCUCGAGCGACUUCUGCCACUGGGGAACACGUUUCGAUUACACGUACUAUGCAGCUGACGACAACCCAUCCUCGGUGAUUGAGAGUCUCGCGCCAAGAAAGGGUGGCAAGGGAAAAUUUACCCCAUCCGUGGGAGCGCGCAAGAUUCAUGAAUCGAUUGAGCAUCUGGACCGUGAGGGGAUGCGGACGAUCGAGAAGCGGGACCAUGGCGAGUUCUGUCAGUACCUUGCUCGGACCAAGAAUACUAUCUGUGGAAGACACCCCAUUGGUGUCCUCUUGGCGGCUCUGGAGCAUCAACAACAACAACAUGCUGAGAAGAGUCUUCGUAUUCGGUUUGUGCAUUACUCGCAGUCGAGUCAUGUUCUUUCGAUGUUGGAUUCGAGUGUUUCUUAUGCGUCUGCAUUUGUCCAGCAGAAGUGA